CGUCCUUUCAGUUGCAUGUCGUCAGCCGCGUUGCUGUUGAUCUGGAUUGGUCUGGCUUGAGCUCUUCCUCCCGGCUCGGGCUGCGCCAUGGCGCCUCCGGAUCUCGUAGACCGGCGUCUGCUCGCGGGCGGCCUCCUCCGCCUCCUGCUCUCGUCCGACUCGUGGGCGCAGCGGGCCUGUUAGUACCGGGGGGACCCAGUCCGGGGGCUGCGGGCGGCCCAGGAAGAGGCGGAGAUUUAUUGCUUCUGAAUUUUUGUCAGUCUGUCUGCAUGGAAGCUCGUGAGGAUGGUUUGCUAGUUUCAGCAUCAGCAACAGAAUGGUCCUUUUUUGACAUCUUUCUCUCAUCAUAAGUUGUGGUAACAGCAAUACUGUUCUGGAUUUCCAUAUAGUGAAACACCUGGACUUGCAAUCAUGGCUUCAAGACGAACAGAUGCUCCUGCUAUUGAGCAUGGCUCUGGAGGCUUUCUAGGAAAGAUGUCCCAACCCAUUGGAAUGAACCGUCGGACAUUCAGUUAUGAUGAUGCCCUUGAGGAUACAGCACCAAUGACCCCUCCUCCUCCAAAUAUGUCCACCAAUAUCCUGUGGAAACAGCCAGUCGUCCCAGAACGCAAAUAUGAAAAUAUUUCCAAGGAUGAGGAAGGGGAGACUAGCAUGAAUCCAUCUGCCAUUACCCCCUCAUCUUCCACUGAGACUCUGAACAAGGUUCCUGUAGUGAAGGCCAAGGCCACCCACAUCAUCAUGAAUUCUCUCAUUACAAAGCAAACUCAGGAGAGCAUUCAACGCUUUGAGCAGCAGGCAGGGUUGAGAGAUGCCGGAUACACUCCCCACAAAGGCCUCACUGCAGAGGAGACUAAAUACCAUCGUGUGGCUGAGUCACUCCAUAACCUAAAGAUGCAAAGUGGAGAGAUGGCAAAAGAAGAUAAACAGGCCUCUUCCGCCCAGUCCACUCCAAGCAGCACUCCCCAUUCCUCUCCCAAGCGCACAUACAGGGGUUGGUUUAGUCAGGGGUCCUCCGCAUCCAUCACGGGUCCUGAGCUUGCUGCCAUGGAUUCCGGUGGUGGGGAUGGCGAUAAAGUACCGUCUGAAAAAUGGAGCUUCUUUGGACCCAGAGCUCUUCAAAAACACACUGAUUCAGGGGGCUUUACCGUCCAGGCCUAUAAGGGUGCCCAGAAACCAACCCCAAUGGAACUAAUGCGUGCCCAGGCCACCAGGAUGGCAGAGGACCCUGCAACUUUCAAGCCUCCCAAGAUGGACAUUCCAGCUAUGGAUGAAAAGAAGCGGUCCCCACAUUCUCAUAACCUCAGACCCCGGGACAUGAAUGUGCUUACUCCUACUGGGUUCUAGAAACACCUCCACUUUAAAGGCAGGAUGAUCUUGAAAUCUGAUGGACUAUAUUGUCCUAGGGUGUCUUUCACAUUCCACACAUACAGUUGACAUAGGAAGGUCUCUUCUAGGUCAGAGUUACAGACAGUGGUGAAACAAGAUUUGGGCAACUUUCUGAAUUUCUUGCUCUUUUUUUUCCUUCCAAAGGUCUCUUAUGCAGCACCAAAAUAAUUAUCUUGCCAACAGAGUUCUCACAUGCAGUUCUGUGCUUCUCUGAAUACCUAAGUUUUAUAAAGGGAAACAAUCAACUUAUUGGACCUUUUUGGCUUGAAUAUUUGGGCUGCUGUUUGUGUAGACAUCUACUUAUUCAUGCAAGAUUACUGAAGGACAAUGUAUAACUUUCUAGUAUCUUUGAACUGUUUGAGGGAAUCUAGCAUCAACUGAAGUCUAAUGUUCUGGUAAGAAUAUUGGAGAAAUUUAGCACCAUGCUUUAAAGUUGAAGACUCCCUGCUUGGCUAUUUCUACGUGUAAGAGAUUCAUGUCUUAGGGACCUAAAUGUUUCAACAUGAAAAAAAUGUCAGUACUAAUUCUAGAACUGUACUAUGAAAUGAUACUGUUUGUGAAGCCCUUUGCAUCAAAUGGGUUCUGCAUACCAUGAAGCUGGAGCCACAGUAGAAUGGAAAAGUUUCUUCAUUCCUAGAGGUAACAGAGGGAUUUGUAGCUGUUUUCAUGGGGAUUCAUUUGGGAAUUAUUAGUAGCACUUUCAGGGGAAAGGAUGUGAGAUAAUAGCUAUAAAGUUAAAGGGACAGCGGUUAUGCUUAUUAUAUAUUUCUUAGGGAGGAAGAGGAAAAUAAGUCAUUAGAGCACAGGGAAGAUUUUAACCUAGCGUCUCACCUUAGAUGUGAACAUAAGCAUUUGCAUAAAUUGUUGCAUAAAUUGUUGCUAAUUUCUAUUUGAGCAAUCAGACAGUGGAAGACUAUGUGUUCUGUGAUUGCUUGAAGACAUAGGGGGCAGGUACUGUCCUGGUCCUAAACUCGCAAGUCACUGGUUGGCUUUAUAGUGAUGAGAUGGCAAUCUUGGAAUAUCCAUUAUGCAGAUAAAAAGGUCUUUUAUUUAACAGCAUGUUUACUGAGAAGUCCUCACUAAUCUUUUUAAUGUCCUAAAUGGGUUCUGUUCCCUUUCUGAACUGUGUUGUUUCUACAGAUUGUUGGCAGUUCUGCAGCUGAGUGACUUAGUGGUGUCUCACUCAGCUUCAUCUUAUUCCUUUACUUACAUUGACGACAUUAGGAUUUGUGCUUCAAUACCACUGUAGCUUUUUCUGCCCUAUUAGUCAUCACCAUUGCUGUGUGUAAACAGUGAUCCAGCUUU